AUGUCUAAAAAGCAAAAUACAAAAGAUCCGUCUGGGUUUAUUUUUGAUGUGCAGUCCAAUACUGUGAUGGCCCAAGGAGGAACCUUUGAAAACAUGAAGGAGAAGAUCAGCGCGGUGCGUGCAAUAGUCCCCAACAGGAGCAACAACGAGAUUGUCCUUGUGCUGCAGCAUUUUGACAACUGUGUGGACAGAACAGUGCAAGCCUUUAUGGAAGGCAAUGCCAGUGAAGUACUGAAAGAAUGGACUGUAACAGGCAAAAAAAAGAACAAGAAGAAGAAAACCAAACCGAAACCACAAGCUGAAUCGAGCCCUGGCCUCCCAGACCCUGGUAAAUUGGCAUCCACUGAAGAGGAGCAGUCGGCAAACUCGGAGAAGGGUGGAAUUAACGGUUUCCAUGUCAACGGCUGUGCCCACGACACGGAGUCUGUGGACUCGCUCAGCGAAGGUUUGGAUGCACUUUCAAUUGAUGCCAGAGAGCUGGAGGAUUGCGAGUCUGCUGCGCCAGACAUGCCUGAUAGAACAGCAGUGCCUGAACUAGAGAAUGGAAUAGCAGACUUUGACACAAAAUCGCUCACCAUGCAUCCUUCCCAGAGCCCUUCAUCUCUUAGACAGCGGCCUGAGCAGAGGAGCGCUAGCAGGUCUCUGUCCAGAUCAGCAGCGAGCAAUUCGACUCCUGCGUCCCUGUCUGUAACGCGGCUGGAAGAUGUUCCAGUUUCACCUGCAAACAAGAAGCUAGGUUCUAAUAUUGAAAAAUCAGUGAAGGAUCUCCAGCGCUGCACUGUUUCACUGGCUCGGUACCGGGUUGUGGUGAAGGAGGAAAUGGAUGCUUCCAUUAAGAAGAUGAAGCAGGUCUUUGCUGAGCUGCAGAGUAGCCUGAUGGAUCGCGAGGUGGCGUUGCUGGCGGAAAUGGACAAAGUGAAAGCAGAAGCAAUGGAAAUUCUGGUCAGCCGCCAGAAGAAGGCAGAAGCCCUGAAGAAGAUGACUGACGUGGCAGUGCGAAUGUCGGAGGAGCAGCUGGUCGAGCUCAGAGCUGACAUAAAGCACUUUGUGAGCGAACGGAAGUACGACGAGGACCUGGGCAGGGUGGCGCGGUUCACGUGCGACCUCGACGCGCUGAAGAAGAGCAUCGCCGCGUUCGGCGAACGGAAGUACGACGAGGACCUGGGCAGGGUGGCGCGGUUCACGUGCGACCUCGACGCGCUGAAGAAGAGCAUCGCCGCGUUCGGGCAAG